AUGUCUGCGCUUUUCAACUUCCAAUCAUUAUUGCAAGUGCUUCUCUUGCUAAUUUGUACUUCCACCUAUAUCCAUUCAGCAGUACCAGCUUUACUCGACAAGAAUAAGAAUGGGUUGUUAGGAGUGUUCUGGAAAUUUGCUAGAAUCGGUGAAAGAAUGAGCCCUUACAUUUCCAUCUGCUGUAUAAUCAUGGCGUUUUCUCAUUUGAUGUCCUGA